AAAAUAUUAAUAUAAAAAAAAAAAAAACAUUUGUGUAAAGUUUAUUUUUACUACGCUAUUUUUGGAUGCCCUUGGUUAUAUAUCUCUCAACGUUAAACUUUCUCAUAAUUCGGAUGUUAAAGUUAUUAUCUAAUAAUAUACGGUUAAGCAUUUUGGUGGCGGGACAAUAACUCAUUAACUCAUUUGUCUAAGAUAAGAAGUACAUCUUUAUUACUAUUGCCGCUUGCAAAAAAAAAAUCUGCUCACUCUAGUGCAUAUGUAUAAAACCGUUAGCCUACGAUGGUAAGGUAUCAAUUGAUCAUAAGAAUUAUGACAAAGCAGGUGCUCAGUGUUUUGGUCCUCUUAGCCCUGGCAUUGGGCAUACACGCGAAGAACUGUACUUCGCCAUUUUCUCAAGUUGGUAACAAGUGCUACUAUGUUUCCUUAGAAAAGGCCAACUGGCAUGUUGCUGACCGCAGCUGUCGGAAACUUGGAGGAGAGCUUAUGGUGUUAGACGAUCAACAGGACAAACUCUUAAUCACCAAACAUUUGAAUAGUUUGGGGCUUCUGACCAUCCCAGGAUAUGAAGAUUCAGUUUGGGUCGGCAUCAACUGUCUGGGAACCUCGCGCUCGUUCAUCCUAUCUAAAAAUGGAAGCACAGUGCCAUUCCUAGACUGGGUGCCGCUGGAACCAAACAAUUAUACGCCCGAAGAGGAUUGUGUUGGUUUCGCAGAUUUCAACGGAGCCUACGGGUAUCAUGAUAUAGAGUGCAAGUUCCAGUUUCCAUUUGUAUGCCAAAGAAAAGCAGGAGAGGAUUAUCUCUGCCUUAAAAAGGAACUGUUCACGGAAGCAUUUUUUUAAACAGCUUUAAAACUUUAAUAAAUGAACAUACCGCAAA